AUGUUUCGAGCCACAAAUAUCACAAGGUCUGGUGGACCUCAGGCGAACCCCUUUACAAAGUAUCUCGCAACACUCUCAGCAGACGGAGAGCAAGCCAAAUAUUUUAAAUUACCCGAGAUCGAUUCUAAAUAUGAAACUUUGCCUUUUUCUAUUCGUGUUCUUCUCGAGUCAGCGGUCCGCAAUUGUGACGAGUUUGACAUUACAUCAAGGACUGUGGAAAAUAUAUUAAAUUGGAAAGAUAAUUGUCACAGGAGUAUUGAAAUUCCUUUUAAACCUGCUCGUGUUGUUCUUCAAGAUUUCACCGGUGUACCUUGCGUGGUUGAUUUGGCUGCGAUGCGAGAUGCUACAAAGCAUUUGGGAGGAGAUUUGAAUAAGAUUAAUCCGCAAAUUCCUGUGGAACUUGUUGUUGAUCAUUCAGUUCAGGUUGAUAAAUACGGCACCCCAUCAGCGGCAAAGGAGAAUCAAGAUAUUGAAAUGUCCCGCAAUCGUGAGCGUUUUGAGUUUCUUAAAUGGGGUUCUAAUGCCUUUGACAAUCUUCUUAUUGUACCUCCUGGAUCUGGUAUUGUACACCAAGUUAAUCUUGAAUACCUUGCCCGUGUCGUAUUUAACAAUAAGGGAAUGUUAUACCCUGACUCUGUUGUUGGUACAGAUUCUCACACCACUAUGGUGAAUGGUGUUGGUGUUGUUGGUUGGGGUGUUGGUGGUAUUGAGGCAGAGGCUGGUAUGCUGGGUCAAUCUCUCUCCAUGGUGUUACCACAAGUGGUGGGAUAUCGCUUUACAGGGAAACUCCCAGAAGGUUGCACAGCAACAGAUCUUGUACUCACUGUUGUGAAAAAUCUUCGUAAACUUGGUGUGGUGGGUAAGUUUGUCGAGUUUUACGGUCCAGGAGUGGACACCCUCUCUCUUCCUGACCGCGCAACUUUGGCGAAUAUGGCACCAGAGUAUGGUGCUACCACUGGAUUUUUCCCAAUUGAUAAGGAAACCAUUAAUUACCUUCGUUGCACAAGUCGCAGUCCUGAACACCUUGCACGUAUUGAAAACUAUGCUAGAGCUGUUAAAAUGUUCCGAACUGGAAGUGAAAAUAUUGAGUAUUCAGAAAAUCUCGAACUUGAUCUUUCUACAGUGGAACCUUCUCUUGCAGGUCCUAAACGUCCACACGAUUAUGUGCCUCUAAAGAACAUGAAAGAAGAUUUCAACGCAUGUCUUGGAGCAAAGACUGGUUUUAAAGGAUUUGGUAUUCCUGCAGAAGAUCAUAAUAAGGUGAAAAAGUACAUGGUAAAUGGUAAGGAAGCAGAAAUGCGUCAUGGUAGCGUUGUUAUUGCGGCCAUUACUUCAUGUACUAAUACUUCUAAUCCAAAUGUUCUUGUGGCAGCUGGAUUACUUGCUAAAAAAGCAGUUGAAAAGGGAUUAACUGUUCCACCAGGAAUUAAGACAUCCCUUUCACCUGGAUCACACGUCGUAACCAAGUAUCUGGAAGCUUCUGGAUUACAAAAGUUUUUGGAUGAACUGGGAUUUAAUACUACUGGAUAUGGUUGUAUGACUUGCAUUGGUAACUCUGGAGAGAUUGAUCCAGCAGUCUCAAAAUGUAUAAGUGAUAAUAAUUUUGUUGCUGCAGCCGUACUUUCUGGUAAUCGUAAUUUUGAGGCCAGAAUUCAUCCACAAACUGCUGCAAACUAUUUGGCAUCACCUCCACUAGUUGUGGCAUACGCAUUAGCAGGAAAUGUCAAUAUUGAUUUUGCUACAGAACCUAUUGUGAACGGUGUUUAUCUUCGAGAUAUUUGGCCUACUAAUGAAGAGAUAGCAGAGGUUGUACAGAAGUAUGUAACACCUGAUCUUUUUAAGUCUGUAUAUGCCAGUAUUACAACACUUAAUGAACAAUGGAAUGCACUUAAAGUAAAGGAAGGUAAAUUGUACGAAUGGCAACCUAAGUCUACAUAUAUUCACCACCCACCAUAUUUUGACUCUAUGACUAUGGAUAUUACACCAACGGGAGCUAUCAAGGAUGCUGUUUGUUUGGCACUUUUUGGAGAUUCUAUUACUACUGACCAUAUUUCUCCAGCAGGUAAUAUUGCGAAGGAUUCACCUGCUGCUAAAUUUCUUAUGGAUCAUGGAGUUGAACGUAAAGACUUUAAUACAUAUGGUUCUCGUCGUGGUAAUGAUCUCGUGAUGGUACGGGGUACAUUUGCUAACACACGUCUGGGUAAUCGAAUUGUCGGUGAAGGCCAGACGGGACCUUUUACCAUUCAUUGGCCAACAAAUGAGAAGAUGUACAUAUUUGAUGCUGCCGUAAAGUACAUGCAGGAAAAAACGCCACUUAUUAUCAUUGCUGGUAAAGAAUAUGGCAGUGGUUCCUCACGUGACUGGGCUGCUAAGGGACCUUAUUUACAAGGUAUUAAGGUGGUCAUUGCAGAGAGUUUUGAACGUAUUCAUCGUUCUAACCUUGUUGGAAUGGGUAUUAUUCCACUUCAAUUUAAAUCAGGUGAAAGUGCUUCUUCACUGGGGCUCACAGGAAAAGAAAAGUUCAGCUUUGACUUCUCCGCAAACAUGAGUCCUGGACAAGAGAUAACAGUGCGGAAGGAUGAUGGCACCUCCUUCAAGACGAUCCUCCGCAUUGAUACUGAUAUGGAGGUAAAGUAUGUGGAAAAUGGUGGUAUUCUACAGUAUGUUCUUCGCGAAAAGAUCCGCGGUGCCUUGUAA